AUGAAGCUCACUUACCUGUUGCUGGCUCUGGCCGCCGCCCUCGUGAUAGCGGAAGCCAGUCCUCUGAACGCUGAAAAUGAGGAAGCGGAGAACGAGCUUCACGAAGGCAACGGCGAGAACGUGGAAAUGGAAGAGAAUGGGAACGGAGAACGGGAAGAAGCCAACGGGGAGGGAGAGACGAAUGGAGGAAUGAAUGAAGGGGCCGAAGGUAAUGAGGCUGGAGAAGUUGAAGGCAAUGGAGAAAUGAAUGAAGCUAAUGAGGUCGGAGAAGUAAAUGAAGCCGAGGCCGGAGAGGUUGAAGCCGAGGCCGAAGAAAUGAGUGAGGCUAAUGAGGCUGGAGAGAUGAGCGAAAAUAACAAUGCAGAUGAAUCGACCGGAAAUGAGGCGUCGGGUGGCGUUGAAGGACGCACUCGGGGCAACAGUGGACAACAGGGUAGCUCUCGCUUCCUCGGAGGGUCUCUCGAAUCUCUUCUCAACCUUGGACAGUCUGUCGUGGGAGGAUUUCUCGGAGGUCUCGGCAACCCCAACUUUGGAGCUGGUCCUGCAAGCCCAGGCUUCGGAGGCAGCCCCGUCGGCCCAGGCAUCGGAGGAGGCCCCAUCGGCCCAGGCUUCGGAGGCAGCCCCGUCGGCCCAGGCAUCGGAGGAGGCCCCGUCGGUCCAGGAUUCGGAGGUAGCCCCGUCGGCCCAGGCAUCGGAGGAAGGCCCGUCGGUCCAGGUUUCGGAGGCAGCCCCGUCAGCCCUGGCUUCGGCGGCAGCCUCGUCCAGCCAGGCUUCGGCGGCAGCCCCGUCCAGCCAGGCUUCGGAGGAAGUCCCGUCGGCCCAGGAUUCGGAGGCAGCCCCAUUAACCCAGGCCUUGUAGGAGGAUCCGUCAACCCCGGUUUCGGAGGCCUCGUCGGCAACCCAGCUGUUGGCGGUGCCUGUCGCUAUAGCUGCCGCGCUCCCAACGGCAGGUACGUCUGUUGCAAGCCAGGCAGUUGCCCGCCCGUGCGUCCCACCUGCCCUCAGGUGAGGGACUUUGCUCCGCCCUCGCCUUGUUCAAAUGACUUCCAGUGCUUUGGCGCCGACAAGUGCUGCUACGACACCUGCCUGCAGGAGACCGUCUGCAAGCCACCUCUGGGCAUCGGGGGCUUCGGUCGCUGAACGGCGUCGUCGAAGAACUCAAACCUGU